AUGCCAAACACAAACUUGUACCAACCACUAGCGAAAGGAGUGGCCACAUCAAGUGAGAAAACUGAUGAAUCGACUGUCUCUUCGUCGACUCCACCACCAAAAAUGAGACAUGAAAAGGAAAAAGAUAAAAAAGAGGAGCGAAUGUUGAGAACGGAGACGAGAACGGAUAACGAUUUCCGGAAAGCGUCAACCGGGACACUCAAUCGAUUGAUUUUAGUGGCACAGGCCUUGGAAAACGAGGUUGACAGUCGACGACAAGCCGACGUCUCGGGCAGCAAGAUUGUCUUCUCGAUUCGAAUGGCAAACAUGAUCCUUCUCAUCCUUGUCAAUAUUCUCCUUUUCACGGGUGUUGGUCAAUACUAUGACAAAAACGAGAAAGGGCAUUGGAAUCUAAUGUUGACAGCCGACAAAUGGAUGUUCUCACCGAUGAAUAAAGAUUUACCGUCAACUUUUCAAGAAAUGAGACUCAAUGCGCAAUUCUUUGCGGCAAGCAUUACGGUUUCAAUGUUGUUGGCAACGAUUCUACUGCAAGUGCUUCACGUUUGGAAUAACGGGAGCUCGAGACUAAUUUCGAUGGCCUACGCAUUCGGCGCCGUGCCAUUCUCUCUUUUUGUGUUCGGUCUUGAAAUGCAUUACUCGGCGUGUCCAUGGCUUGAAGAAUACAAUAGCCGCCAAGUACAUCCCAUUGUCCCUCCACCGGAUACAUUACAAGAGGAAUCGAAAGCAAUUGUUGAUAUACAAUGUGGGAUCAAUGGAUGGGCGUUGGCGGGAAUCUUCGCUCUUCUAAGUUGUGGUCUUUUUGUGAGUGAGGGAUUAAUCACGGCUUUCUUCAAGAGUGAAUCGAAUAAUCGAGACAAAAAGGAAGCCGUUUUA